AUGACUUAUCACGACGACCAAUUGACAAAUCCCACUUGGAAGGAACAGUACAUCCACGAUCCUGCUCUUCAUCAACAGCCAGAAGGUUCGGUAGCGUGUGCUUCUAGGUCUUCACCAAGAUUUCAGCAUCAGGAUUCAGUCAUUACCCCAGACUAUAGCACUUUUGCGCCUGCAUUUAUUACCGCAACUUCCAUCCAACCCGCGGUACAGAUACAUCAACCAUACGCGUAUUCAUACACCGUUGGAGGUUUACAACACGGCAACCAAAUUCAGCCAUAUGACUCCCAAUCUCUGUACUUUGAUCGUCCGACCAUGUCGGCGGGCAUCGAAUCUCAGGAAGCUUGGCCUUCGGAAAAUCACCAUCAGCAACAGGCCACUUAUACACCCACAUACACACCCGCGUACGCACCUGUUGGCGGAAUCCCUCUAGAACAACCUGCAGCAAGUCACAACCCGUCUCCUCAAACUACUAUGCAAAUCAAUACCUCGUAUGAUACGAAUGCGAGUUCAGACAUCUGGAGCCCGGGUGUCUGUCCACAUGCAAGUUGCCUUUCAAAACCUUCGGACAAGCAAAAGAACUACCGAGAACACUCGGAUUGGCGACGUCAUUGGUAUCGGGUACAUGAAAAGCAACACCAAUGUCCGAUUGAUGGUGCCAUGUUCGGAACGGCCAAUGAGCUCAAACGCCAUGAUGAAGCUAUACAUCAAACAGGUGCCAAAAGGCAUUACUGUCACGUUGCAGGAUGCCAAGCUCGUGCGAGAGAGUUCAACAGGAAAGACAAAUUUCAAGAGCAUAAUGACAGAUGGCAUGGACCUUACUACUGUUCUGUUUCUUACUGCGAUCGAGGAUAUGGCAAUGGAUAUAAGGAAGAGGGAUUGUUGAUGGAUCAUAUGCGCAUUCGUCAUGAUGCGUGA